AUGAAUGUAAAUAAAGUGGAAAACAGAAAUGUUUUCGAGUGCAUAGAAAUGGAUGAGAUAAAAAAAAUUACAACAUAUGAAGAAAACUCAGAUGAUAAUAUAAUUUUUGAUGACUUAAGUGAAUACUCUCCAAGUAUUAUAAGUAAUAAUGAUAAUAUUAAUGAAGAGAAAAAAAUAUUAGAUGAUAAAUUAUUAAAGAGUAUGAUAAAUUCUGAAAACCUUUUAAAAAACAAUCAAUUUAAUUGGUAUGAUAAUUUAGAUAUAGAUGAUUAUAAAGAUAAUUCUAUAAUUAUGGAGAAUGCUAGUAAACUCAAUAAUAUAAUCUUACAACAUUCUACUGUUUCUAUGAAUCCAAAAAAUAUUAUAGAUAAUAAUAUAUUUCUAACAAACAAAGAAAUUAAUACAUUCCAAAUAAAUAAUAUUAAUCUUACACAACAAAAUAGUUUCAUUAAUAUGAACACAAUCAAUAUUAAUAAUGAUAAUUAUGAACACAAUGUAAGUGAAGAUAUUUGUGAUACAACUAAAAGUGAUAAUUCCUUUUUAGAUAUUGAUCAAGAUAAUAAUAAAAUAAAAAUAGAACAGCAAGAAAUUAAAGUGGUAAAAGGAAAUAAUUCUGAAAAGAAAUCUUCGUCAAACGAAUUGACAAAUGGUAUCAAUGAUCCAUCAACAAAUGGUAUCAAUGAUCCAUCAACAAAUGGUAUCAAUGAUCAAUCAACAAAUGGUAUCAAUGAUCAAUCAACAGAGGUUCAAAAUAAUCAAAAUAUAUCCUUAAACCAUAUGGAUGAAGAAAAAAAAAAUGUUAACGAUGACAGUUUUAAUGUUCCCCUUCAUAUUAAUAUAACACAACCAUUUUCUCUCACAUGUAAUCAAAAUGAUGAAUCGGCUUUUAAAAGAAUGCAUAGUAAAAACAAUAUUGUGAAAAAAAAAAAUCAAGAUAAAGAAGAUUGUAUACAAAAUGAAAAUAAUAAUACCAAAAAAGAAGAUAUAGGAGGAAUAAAAGAUAAAUUUAAUUUAUUAAAUAAACUGAAGGCUAAACAAAAAAAUACAGAAUAUUCAAAUAGCUCCCUUUCUAGUCUUAGCGAUGCUGUAACGAAUAAUAAAACGUUGAAACAUUUUUCAACAUCAAGUUAUAAUAAAAUAAAAUCAAAAAAAAGUAAAAAUUUUAUAAACAAUAAAGAUAGUGAUCUUUCAUUUAUUGAUAAAAAAGGAAAAGAAAAAAAUAAAUAUAAUACUAGUGAAGAUGAAAUAUCUGACAACAGUAAAGAUGAUGUAUAUGAUAAUAAUUCUCAAAAUGUUUCGGUUGAAGAACAAAAUAAUAUGAAAAAUAUUAUUAGUAAAAUAGAAGAAUCAGUACACAAAAAAAAAAAAAAAAAAAAAAAAAAAAAAAAAUUAAAUCACACCAAUAAUAAUAAUAAUAAUGAUGAUGAUGAUAGUAAUAAUAUGGAUGAAGGUUUAAAUGAAAAUAAUCCAAGUGAAGAUCAAUAUUCUUCCGAGGAUACCUUAAAAGAUAAUAUGAACUCUCAUUAUGAUAAUAUGAAAUCACAUUAUGAUAAUAUGAAAUCUCAUUAUGAUAAUAUGAACCCUCAUUAUGAUAAUAUGAACAUGAUUCAUACAAGUAACCAAUAUAAUGAUUCUAAUAAAAUAAAUUAUAAUAAUUUUAAUUCAAACGAGUCUGAUGAUGAUAAUCCUAUUGAAGGAGACAUAAUGAAUAAUUUCAUGUCCUUAUCAACUCGUAUAAAUAAUAAUGAUAAAAAAAAAUUAACACGCUCUUCCAUGAGUAGUUCUUUAAAAACAUAUAAUUCAUAUAAUUUUAAAAAUGUGACAUGUAUAAAUAAUAGUGAUAAGAAUUUAAAUUCUUUUUUGAAGAAAAAAAUGCAUACCACUGGUAAUAUGUAUGAUAUAAAGGUACCUAUUAAAAAAUACUUCCAGGGUUUAAAAAAAAUUAAUAAUUUAUUAUCAAAAGAUAAUAAUAAUAAUAAUAAUAAUAAUAAUUUUGAAAGUGAUGAAAAUAUAAAUGAUUUUAUUAAUGAUGAUGAAAAGGAAGUUGAUGAUUCUGAACCUAUUGUAAAUAAUAAUGACAAUCAUGUGAAUAAAAAAACUAUGGAAAAUAUUAACAACAUGAACAAUGAAAAUAUUACUCAUGAUGAAAAUAAUAUUAUGUAUUUAAGACAAAAGGAUAGUAAUAAUACUAGCUUUGAUAAUUAUUGGGAUGUCGAUAAUAUUAAUAAAAGAGGACCAUUUCCAUCAUCAAAGUUGAGUGCUUUUCUAAACGAAAAUUUAAAUGAAAAUUUAAAUGAAAAUUUAAACGAAAAUGUAAAUGAAAAUGUAAAUAAUGAUGGCGUUAAUAAUAUAGGACUUAAUAAUAUACAUUAUAGUGAUAAUAAAGAGGAUGAUAAAAAACUUAAUAAUUAUGUUAUGGAAGAAAAUUACCUUGUUGAAACGUCUAUACACAAUAAAAAGAACAACUUAAUAAACACUCCAUAUGAGAAUCCUAUGAAUAUAAAUACAAAUGAAUAUUAUCUGUCUAAUAAUAUAAAAGACGAUAUAGAAGUUUCUAUUAAUAAAAAUACAAAUAAAAAUAUAAUUAAUUUAUAUGAAAAUAAUUUUAAACGUAUAUCACAAUGUCCUCUUGAAGAAAAACGAAUAAAUCACGUGUUUAAAACGUUUUUAAACAAUGAAGAUUUAGAUAUGCAUAUAAAUAAAAAUACAGAUAACAAAGAGGAAACUCAAAAAAUUAAAGAGAUUAAAGAUAUAAUUAUGAAGUAUGCAAAUAAUAGCAGUUAUUAUAAAGAUGGAGAUUUGGCAUCUAACCAUGUGAAUAAUAAUGAUCCUAAUAAAAAUGUGCAUAAUAAUAAUCAUAAUAAUUAUAAUGGUAAUAAUUUUUUUGUUGAGAAUAUAACACCAGAAGAAAGAAAUAAAAUAAACGAAUUUUUAAAAAAGCAUAAUGAUCCAUAUAAUAUAGAGAAAAGCACUAGAAUUCUUAAUCAAGGUGAAGGUAAAUUAAAAGUGAAUCCUACGGGUGAUAUAAAUGUUCAGAAGGGAGGUGAUUCUAUGAACAGUCCGGGUAGUAAUAGAAACAAGGAUGAUACUAAUAACAAUGGUAGUCAUAAUAAUAAUAAUAAAAAUAAAAAUAAUAUAAAUGAUAGUACCAAUAGUAGUAGUAAUAAUAAUCGUAAUAAUAAUGAUGAUGGUAAUGAUGAUGAUGAUGAUAAUAAUAAUAAGAAUAACAGAAAUAAUAACAAUCUUAGUAGUGCUAAUAAUACAAAUGAAAUUAAUUCGAAAGUAAAAAGACGAAUUAUUGAUUGUAGAAAUAAUAGAUUAGAUUGGGGAACAACUCAGGUUAUAAUAGAUAUUGAUGAUACUAUAAGAUCAAGUGGAGGAUAUAAAUUUUUUAAUUAUAAUUUAGGAGGUGUGGAUGCACAAUAUCAAAGAGGAGAAACAUAUCCAGGAUCUUUUCAAUUUAUAUUUGAACUAGCUAUGAAUAAAUUAGCUGCAGAAGCAAAACCAUUAUUAUUAUCUGUGUUAACAGCUCGAAUUCCUCAAGUACCUAUAACAGAAGAUUCUUAUUUAAAUAAAAAAUUCAAUGAAGUAGCUGAAAGAAGAGGUAUAAAACAUUGGGGUAUAGAUUGUGAAAAUAAGAUAUUAUAUUCAACAUUGAAAGAAUGGGUAUGGAAUGAAACAAGAGGUGAAAAGAAAUUUUUUAAUUUUAAACAAUUACAUAAAUAUGUAAUACAACAAAAUUCUUUAGUUAGAUAUAUAUGGAUAGGAGAUACAGGUGAUAUGGAUAGACAAGCUGGAGAACUUAUGAUCAAAACAUUCCCUCAAAGAAUUAAAGCAGUCUUUCUUCAUCAUGUCAAAGGAAAAGAUGAUAAUACACUACUUCCAAGUGAUUAUUUUAUUAAAUCUGUACCUAUCUUUUUUUUUCGUACUUAUAUCGGAGCAGCAACCAAAGCACAUGCAUAUAACUUAAUAGAUAAAAAAGGAUUAACAAGAGUAUUAGUACAAGCUGUUCUAGAUCUAGAAAAAAGUAAAGUACCUGCAGAUUCAUCAAAGUGGGAAGAUUUAAUAAAAGAUAUUAUUUUAAGUGAUGCAUUAGAUGAACUAGAUAAAUAUAAUGCUGAAACGGUUAAUAGAACUAAAAGAAUUAUAGCACAAAAAAUGAAAGAAAUAUCAGAAAGGAAAUUACAUUUUAUAAGUUAA